AUGCUGAAGCAGAGCGAGCGGAGGCGAUCUUGGGGCUACAGGCCCUGGAACACUCCGGAGAGCGAGCAGGCAUCCCAGGCCCGGGCCGGCCCGCACCGCCGGAGCAUCUGCUCGGUGGGGGCCCGCUCCGGCUCCCAGGCCAGCAUCCCGCCGUGGACCGAGGGCAACUAUAACUACUACAUCGAGGAGGACGAGGACGGCGAGGAGGACGACGACCUGAGGGACGACCCAGGCGAGGAGGCUCGGCAGCCCAAGGCCCAGGGCGCCCGGCCAGCCAGCAGCCCCGACCUCGCCGCCGCGCCGUCCACGCUGAACGUGAACGUGGGCGGCCAAAGCUACCGCCUGGACUGCUGCCAGCUGGCCUGCUACCCCAAGACGCGCCUGGGCCGCCUGGCCACGUCCACCAGCCGCAGCCGCCAGCUGGGUCUGUGCGACGACUACGAGGAGCGGACGGACGAGUACUUCUUCGACCGCGACCCGGCCGUCUUCCAGCUGGUCUACAACUUCUACGCGUCCGGGGUGCUGCUGGUGCUGGACGAGCUGUGCCCGCGCGGCUUCCUGGAGGAGCUGGGCUACUGGGGCGUGCGCCUCAAGUACACGCCGCGCUGCUGCCGCAUCUGCUUCGAGGAGCGGCGCGACGAGCUCAGCGAGCAGCUCAAGGUGCAGCGCGAGCUGCGCGCGCAGGCGCAGGCGGAGGAGGCCGAGGAGCUCUUCCGCGACAUGCGCUUCUUCGGGCCGCAGCGCCGCCGCCUCUGGAACCUCAUGGAGAAGCCCUUCUCGUCCGUCGCCGCCAAGGCCAUCGGCGUGGCCUCCAGCCUCUUCGUGCUCAUCUCGGUCGUGGCGCUGGCGCUCAACACGGUGGAGGAGAUGCAGCAGCAGGCGGGGCCGGGCGCGGGCGGCGGCGACGCGCGGCCGGUCCUGGAGCACGUGGAGGUGCUGUGCAUCGCCUUCUUCACGCUCGAGUUCCUGCUGCGCCUCGCCUCCACGCCCGACCUGCGGGGCUUCGCGCGCAGCGCCCUCAACGUGGUCGACCUGGUGGCCAUCCUGCCGCUCUACCUGCAGCUGCUGCUCGAGGGCAUCACGGGCGAGGACCAGCGGCAGGGCAAGGGCUCGCCGCGGGAGCACGACAUCGAGGCGGUGGGCCGCGUGGGCAAGGUGGGCCAGGCGCUGCGCGUCAUGCGCCUCCUGCGGGUCCUGCGCGUCCUCAAGCUGGCGCGCCACUCCACCGGCCUGCGCGCCUUCGGCUUCACGCUGCGCCGCUGCUACCAGCAGGUGGGCUGCCUCAUGCUCUUCAUCGCCAUGGGCAUCUUCACCUUCUCGGCCGCCGUCUACUCCGUGGAGCACGACAUCCCCAACACCAACUUCACCAGCAUCCCCCACGCCUGGUGGUGGGCCGCGGUGAGCCUCUCCACUGUGGGAUACGGAGACAUGUACCCAGAGACCAUCCUGGGCAGGCUUUUUGCCUUCCUCUGCAUUGCUUUUGGAAUUAUCCUCAACGGGAUGCCAAUUUCCAUCCUCUACAACAAGUUCUCUGAUUACUACAGCAAGCUCAAAGCUUAUGAGUAUACUGCCAUGAGAAGGGAAAGGGGAAAGGUAGAGUUCCUGCAAAGAGCCAGAAAGAAGAUGACGGAGUGUUUUGCUAGAAGCGUCCUACAGCCCCAGCCAAGGCAAGCGAGACAUGGCACAGGGCAAGGGACCAGUGAGAAGUUUGCCCUAUCCUGCCCGUCCCCCUAGAGCUGAGGCCAAAUAGGGAGGAAGAGAG